AUGGGAGAAAGGCAGCAUGAUGAUGUGGAGCUUGUAACAUCUAGCCAUCACGAUUUGCUUUCUUCAGUUCUGGGAAGUAGAGAAGCAUCAGUCGAUUCGAUGAUAUACAGUUACAGACAUGGAUUCUCUGGGUUUGCAGCCAAGUUGACAGAUUCUCAAGCCCAAAAUAUUGCAGAUUUUCCCGGCGUGGUUCAUGUGAUCCCGAAUCGUUUCUAUAAGCGGCAAACAACAAGGAGUUGGGACUACCUUGGCCUCUCAUCUUCCUCACCCACAAAUCUCCUGCACGAAACAAAAUUAGGGGAGGAUGCCAUAAUUGGCGUCUUUGAUACAGGAGUAUGGCCAGAAUCAGAAUCUUUCGAUGAUGAAGGUUUAGGGCCGAUUCCAUUAAAGUGGAAAGGUUUUUGUCAAAAGGGCGAACUCUUUGAUCCAGCAAAAAACUGCAAUCGGAAAUUAAUUGGCGCUCGUUUCUUCUAUGAUGGCCUUCAAGCAGCACUUGGAGAACCUUUCAAUGCAACCAAAUUCAACGAGCACUUAUCAGCAAGAGAUGAAGAUGGACAUGGCACACACACGGCCAGCACUGCAGGCGGCUCAUUCGUGCAUAACGUGAGUUUUGGAGGACUUGCUUAUGGGACUGCUCGUGGGGGGGCACCUCAUGCUCGUCUGGCCAUAUAUAAAGUGUUUUGGAACGAAACAGGGACAUCUGCUGACAUUCUCAAAGCUUUCGACGAAGCAAUUCAUGAUGGGGUCGACGUUUUGUCAUUGUCACUGGGCAUCGACAUACCUUUAUACCCUGAAAUCGACAAGCGUGACUUAAUUUACUAUGGUUCGUUUCAUGCUGUAGCAAAUGGAAUAACAGUUGUUUGUUCAGCAGGAAAUUCAGGGCCAACUGCGCAAACGGUUGAGGAUGUUGCACCCUGGGUUAUAACGGUUGCUGCUAGUAUUAUGGAUAGAUCAUUUCUCCACACCUAUCAUGCUAGGAAACAACAGGACCUUAAUGGUAAGUUAUUUAAGAUUCUUUUUAGCUCUUGA